CCGCUCUCCCUCACUCUUCCACACUCUUCCCACUCUCACCCGCCCCCCACCCUCGCUUAUCCCUCUCAGCUCUCGCCUAGGGUUCUUGCCGAGGAGAAAACCCGAGAGAUCGAUCCAUGAGGGCGGGGACCGCCGGCGGGGAGCUGCUCCGGCGUGCAGAUCCGGUGGUCGGCCACCUCAGGAUCUGCUGAAAUCCUUCAGCAUUGCUCCCUUGCUCCUGUUCUCCGACUCCCGGCCAACCUCUGCGGAUUGCGAGUAUCUCCCCCUCCGAUUCCGUCCUUUUCGGGAUCCUCCUCGUGAAUCAGGUCGCAUGCUGGAAUCUGGUGGAGAAUUUUCUCACGAAAUGUUCGGUUGAAAGCGACCUUGCCUGAAUUGUUGAUUGCAAAGCCAUUCUGGGGAAUCAGUCAUUGUUGGCUGUAUCUUUCUUCCUUUCCGACCCUGAGUAGGAAUUGUUUGGUUCAAGACUGUCAUUCAAGAUGAUGCAGAGGCCAUUCCGCCCGGAGGAGUACUCCUUGAAGGAGACUACUCCUCACCUUGGUGGGGCAGCUGCAGGUGACAAGCUCACCACCACCUAUGACCUGGUUGAGCAGAUGCAGUACCUUUAUGUUCGAGUGGUAAAAGCGAAGGAACUUCCAAGUAAGGACCUCACUGGAAGUUGUGACCCGUAUGUUGAGGUGAAGCUCGGGAAUUAUAAGGGCACAACUCGGCAUUUUGAAAAGAAGACCAAUCCUGAGUGGAACCAGGUGUUUGCCUUCUCAAAGGAGCGCAUUCAGGCAUCAGUAGUGGAGAUUAUCGUCAAAGAUAAAGACUUUGUUAAAGAUGACUACAUUGGACGGGUUAUGUUUGACCUGAAUGAGGUCCCAAAGAGAGUGCCACCUGACAGCCCGUUGGCUCCACAAUGGUAUCGCUUGGAAGAACGGAAUGGGCACAAGGUCAAAGGAGAGUUGAUGUUAGCUGUUUGGAUGGGUACUCAAGCAGAUGAAGCAUUUCCUGAAGCUUGGCACUCUGAUGCGGCAUCAAUCCCUGGCGAUGGCCUUGCAAGUAUUAGAUCAAAAGUUUAUCUUACUCCCAAGCUUUGGUAUCUGCGUGUCAAUGUCAUUGAAGCACAAGAUCUUAUACCAAAUGACAAGACCAGAUUCCCUGAGGUUUACGUCAAAGCAAUGUUAGGAAACCAGGCUCUUAGAACCCGAGUAUCACCAGGCAGGACUCUGAAUCCAAUGUGGAAUGAGGACUUGAUGUUUGUUGCAGCUGAGCCGUUCGAGGAGCACCUGAUUUUGAGUGUAGAAGACAGGAUUGCUCCAGGCAAGGAUGAUGUAAUUGGGAGAACUGUCAUUUCACUGCAGCAUGUAGCUCGGAGGCUGGACCACAAGUUGCUGAACAGCCAGUGGUAUAAUCUUGAGAAGCAUGUGAUGGUGGAUGGCGAACAGAGGAAGGAGACCAAGUUCUCAAGCAGGAUUCACUUGAGAAUUUGUCUUGAAGGUGGAUAUCAUGUCUUGGAUGAAUCGACGCAUUACAGUAGUGAUCUAAGGCCAACUGCCAAACAGCUGUGGAAGCAUAACAUUGGGGUCCUUGAGCUGGGUAUCUUGACUGCGCAGGGCCUGUUGCCUAUGAAGACGAAGGAUGGUCGAGGCACGACUGACCCUUAUUGUGUUGCUAAGUAUGGGCAGAAAUGGGUGCGUACAAGGACUAUCAUUGAUAGUUUCACUCCCAAGUGGAACGAACAGUACACUUGGGAAGUUCAUGAUCCAUGCACUGUGAUCACUAUUGGUGUAUUUGACAACUGCCACUUGAAUGGUGGGGAAAAGGCCAAUGGUGCACGGGAUACCAGAAUUGGGAAGGUCCGCAUCCGCCUCUCAACUCUAGAAACUGAUCGGGUGUAUACCCACUCAUACCCUCUUAUUGUUUUGACACCUGCUGGCGUUAAGAAAAUGGGUGAGGUACAGCUUGCUGUCCGGUUCACAUGCUCAUCACUGCUCAACAUGAUGACUCUGUAUUCACAGCCCUUGCUGCCCAAGAUGCACUAUGUACACCCGUUGUCUGUGAUCCAGGUUGAUAACCUAAGGCGCCAAGCAACCAACAUUGUCUCAACAAGGCUGAGCCGUGCAGAACCACCACUGCGAAAAGAAAUUGUGGAGUACAUGCUGGAUGUGGAUUCUCACAUGUGGAGCAUGAGAAAGAGCAAGGCAAACUUCUUCCGUAUCAUGGGUGUCUUGAGCCCUCUGAUUGCAGUUGCUAGAUGGUUUGAUCAGAUCUGUCACUGGAGGAACCCACUGACGACUAUACUGAUCCAUGUCCUCUUUGUGAUACUGGUCUUGUAUCCUGAGCUGAUACUGCCUACAAUCUUCCUCUACCUAUUCCUGAUUGGAGUGUGGUAUUACCGCUGGCGGUCGAGGCAGCCUCCGCACAUGGACACUCGCCUCUCACAUGCGGAGACCGCCCAUCCUGAUGAGCUUGAUGAAGAGUUUGACACCUUCCCUACAUCUCGCCCACCUGACAUCGUAAGGAUGCGGUACGACCGCCUCCGGAGCGUCGCUGGGAGGAUCCAGACUGUUGUUGGUGAUCUUGCAACACAAGGAGAGAGGCUGCAGUCUCUGCUGAGCUGGAGAGACCCGAGGGCCACCGCACUGUUUGUGACCUUCUGCUUCAUCGCUGCGAUCGUCCUGUACGUCACACCGUUCCGUGUUGUGGUUUUCCUUGCAGGCCUGUACACCCUGAGGCACCCGAGGUUCCGCCACAAGAUGCCGUCUGUUCCGCUGAACUUCUUCAGGAGGCUGCCUGCAAGGACCGAUAGCAUGCUGUAAGGUGCAACCGUCUCUCUCGCUUCGCGAUCCAGCGCCUUACUUGUUUCGGUGGCUCGAUGCCUAGCAUGUUCUAUAGCUGCAACUGAGAUGAUGAUGGGGUCGACGCGUGGUUGCCGAAAAAUUGAACUGAACUAUGUCGUUGUUUGUAGCCUUUUCCGUUGCCUGUAUGUCUGUGUUUUAGGAUGGUUUUGAUCCUUUCCAGUUAACGACUGAAACUCAUGAUGUGUGAUUAGUUAUUAUGCAUGUAUUGUGCCAUCA